CUCGAAAGGUCUCUCGAAGCGUCAGUAGAAAGGAUGCGGCCAAGGUGUCCCGGCGGAGACCUCCGCCGUGCCGGUUUCAGCCCUCGGGACAGAGAAGCGCCGCUUGGGCAUCACCCAUCCGAGCGUCGGCCGCCACCGGCACCCCGGGGGCUCUCGCCUGGGAGCUGCGGACCGUCAGCGGCGCCCGGCUGGAAGGAGCGCGGCGCGUCCUGCCCGGCUGCGGUCCCAGCGCCGCCGACGCGGGCGGAGGGACCGCCGGCACGGCGGGGACAGCGAGGGGCGACGCGGCCGGACCCGACAGUCCCCCGGUUCCCCCGCACAGCCCAGGCUGAAGCCUGUCCCGCCCGCCGCGAGCUCUCGGGAUGCAGCGACUUACCCCACGGUCCCCGCCACGAGCCGGGGGUGCAAAGUUUUUCCGGGCGAGCAGCGGCCCCCGGCCGCGGCGCAGGGCGGAGAAGGUUUUGCCGACGGAUUUCUGGUUUGUGCUGGAAGGCUGCAAGGGAUCCCGGUCGAGCGGCCAGGCCUUCUGCGAGUGGUGCUAGAUGCUGCAGUUCGCCACCACCGCUGAUUUGGUAACUGGAAAAGAUGCCAGACAACUUGAGAAUGUGAGCACCUUGCCAUGGUUGAACUGGCACCACCGUGUGGCUAAGCAUAUCCCAGCAGGAGUAUUGCAUUUGAGGUAAAAAGGAUAAAAUCAGCAGGGGAAGACUUCUUAUGCUCUCAGCCACCAACAGAGUGCAACUGAACAUCCAUUCCAGCCUCAGAGCCCUCCUGCAGGCCAGCAAUUGAAAGCAAAUCAAGUGCAUUUUGGAAACCAGUGUUGCUUUAUCUGGCAAGGACUUCUCAUUAUGCUUCAUUUGAGACAGAAAGUUGGAGGUAAGGCAAUAUUUGUAUUGGAUAUUAUUGUUCCCAAAGCAGAGGUUGAACCUCUCUAUUAGGUCAGCAGUGAUAACUCCCAGCCUGCCAAAAUUUCUGCCCUGGUUUAAAUACCAAAUUCAUCACAUCACCUCCCUAAUUUGCACUUUUCAGAAUUUCAGUAUUUGUAAAACCUUUUUCAAACAAAUGGAAUUUAUGCUGUGUGUGUAAAUUCAGACUUCCCACAGUCCAUGGGAUUAGAAUUCAAACAGUUUUAAAGCCAAGCAAUUCAUUGGGCUUAAGGAGUGAUCAGUGGGACCACGUAGGUGUCUAACAGAAAAAAAACAAUUUUUGGCAAAGCUUUUGUGAGAGUAACGGGUCAAAUUUCAAAACUCCGGUUUAAAAGAAGCAGGAUUCUUCCCCCUCCCCACAUUAUAGUGUGACACAGAAUGUGUGGCAGGAGUUUAUAUGGGCAAUUCAGCUGGUCCAUUUGUGGCUUAGUACAUAAUUUCAGGGCAUAACUCAAAGAAAAGAAAAGGGAUCUGUACAUGACCAAACAAUGGGCAGAACUUGAGCAGCUCAUAUGGCAACUUGUAAGUGCCAUAUAAAAAAUAAAUUACUACUAAAUAGGCAUAUAAUUCCAGUUUCAGGUUCAGGUCUCUCCAAGAACAGCCUCUUACAGCUGAGAAGGAAUAUCUGAAGAUUUGUGGAAUACAGUUAACCUCAAGUUGUGCUGAAUACAAACCCACUUCAACUCUCUUGCCAAACAAAUUUGAUUAAUGAGGUGCUCUAACAGUUGGUUAGAGACUGAAGCACACAACUAUUCUGAAGCCAGACUGAACAACAAAAGGAAAACAAUCUUAAUCAACAUUUUAAAAACUCACCUAAAUAUAAUAAGGACAAUCUACAAAUCUAUCUUAUUUCUGUUAAAACAGAGACUUGUUUCCCUAAAUACAUAUAUAUCUAGUGUAGACUUUGUAUCUAGCCAGCUCUUCAUCAAGAAGGGAACAGAUUGCUUCUAGCAAUUUGAGUGCUUAAUUUUUAAUUUUUUUUUUGUUCCUUUUACUUUUUUUGUGUGGCUGUUUUGACAGAUUAGAAGACUUGGCAAAAAUACUUCUUGAUUCUUAGAGAGGUUGACCGUCUGGUGAGAUUCAUCCACACACACUCUCCUGAAUACAAUAGUUUUACAACCCACAGCAGUGGAGUGGACAACCUUUUCCUUUUCUUUGCUGUAUGUCCUGUGCCAUUUGGCAGACUACAUGCUGGACAGACUUCACGUGGCUUUCCACAGUGGUGUGCAUGUGUGUCUGGAUAAUGUAGUCUUGGAAAACUGUCCAACUUCAGUUUUACAAAGAGUGAGGUCUAAUAACUCUGGAGGGAUUCCUACUUGAAAGUAGCUACUUUUCUUAUUGUCAGGCACUUGUGAAUGCUAUGAUAGAGGUGUCCAGAGUCUCAAAGGAAAGAGAAGUGAAGACCAUGAGGGGAAAUUGCUUGACAUGUGUGACAGCUAAAAGCUGUCUUCACUUUGACUCAUUCUGAAAACCAGCCUUUUUUUUUCUUUUUGACUUUGCAAGUUUUUAAUUUGUUAUUAACAUGACUGAUGGUGUUGUCAGAUGCCUGAUCCCUUCACCAUCAGAAUAGUAAAAUUUUCAGAGCCUCAGCUAGUACAUUUCUAUUUUAUAGCUCUAGUUUUAGGUCCAGCAAUCUGUCCAAAUUUCUAUGUGCACCUUAUUUAGAUGUCAGAGAAUCAAGCUGAUCAUCAGCACAGAAGUCAGUCUGUGAUACCAGAAACAGAGGCUACUGCUUGCUUUCACUGGAAAACAUAUUAUCCUAUUCUUAUAGAUGGCAACCAAGGGUCAUCUUUCUUUUAAUCAAAUGUACAGGAUUCAGGGAGAGUGACAAUGAGUGACUAUACAGUCAAUUGUCUUGAGAAGAAACAGAAAAAUAAAGUGGGAAGACAGACAAUUAUCUUAUGAAAGUAACUAAGGCACAUCAGACUUUCAAAAACAGCAAGGUAGCUCAAAAUAUGAAAUCACAGGACUACCUGUGGGGGACUUGUCUGGAAAAAAAUCAAUUAGAUGUUAUUUUAAGAUUUACAUGUAAUUCCUCUACCCACAGAGUAGCAAAAUACAAAUGUGUAGCAGUUUAUUAUUUCAAUGUCAUAAUGAGAAAAAUACCUGAAAACAUGAUGCUACAUGAUACUACAUGAAAGUGUGGUUGUACAGACUGGAACCACAGAGAUUCAGAACAAAACUGGAACAUUAUAAUGCAAGUGGGGAAGAAGGAAAAGGACACAUAAAAGCCACUGUAACUACAACCAGGAAAAAAAAAUCUGCAAAAGAUCAUUGAAAACACCUAUGCAAUCAUACAAAUACUUGGGAGACUGCUAAAAUUUGGUAUUGGAAGCACACAGAGAUGAAUGCUGAUUAAACAAAAUUCAGCACAACAUCCUCAGCUGCACUAUAUGCUCAGAAAAAGGAAGCCCUGAGCCACCCCUCUUCUCUGGCCACAGGGCUGCAAUGGGAAUAUUGCAACCCUGAGUAGCAAUAGUUCAAAGUCUGAGUGCUGAGCCCAAAAUCUGAGGGCUGAGCUCAUCCACACCAGGUGCACCUGCUCUGUAAGGAUCACUUCUCUGAGCAGUGCCUGGUGAGGGCUGUGUUUUCAGCCCUGCCUAAACACAUCUACAGCAUAGGAAGGAGCGUCAGAGAGAGGAUUUGUGGCAAGCAGCAAGCUCCCUUGCCCUGGUGAUAAAGCAGCCUGGGCAUUGAAGGAAGUAGAAUAGAUGUCAGGAUAGGUUGUUUGUCAAGGUAAGAACUUUCAUUUGAGGAAGCUGUGAAAGGAUUCCACUGAGACUCCUCAACUACUGAGGAAGAAGGAAGUUUCUUACCAGGAAAAUCUAACCUCUGCAGAACCCCAAGGAUUUAGGAAGAAUCAAAACCAAUUACACAGCUUCAGCACCCUGCGUUAGCUCUGGUCCUGAUGAAGGACAUCAUGGUCACAGACUGUCCUCCCAAAUUACCUGGAGCUGCCAUGGAGGAAGUGCUCCUCUCCAUUUCUCAGUACUAACCUCUCCUCAAAAUCCUCUAACAUGUUUCCUAGCCUGCGUGCAGAAUCCAGAAUGUACUGGCAGCUGUGUGGAAAUAGUAACUAACCAUGCUUUCUGUGGAAAGGGAAGGUGACUACCCAUUCAUGUUCAAGUGCUGUGAUAUGGGAACUCUGGGUAAGAGGAAGGAAAAAGGAAAAAACAUGUCCCUGAAUGAAACCCCCUGCUCAUAUUGCUGGUUAAAAAUCUAAGGGUGAACAGAGGCAUAAGGAAAAAAAGCAGGAGGAAAAAAAAAUCAAUACAGGAAAAAUUUAUACUAGGCAAGAAAUUAAGAUUACUUCCAAGAAAAGACAGCACCUGGAGCUAGGUUCAUGUUAAUUUGGGGAGCAUAAAGGAAUUCAUCACACCUUGUCUAGAAGGCCCUUGUUUUCCUUCAUAAGAAUACAGAGGCUGAGAACAAUGGCCACUACGUAUCUGGUAUAGAUGCUUUUGCAUGGAGUUAAGGAUUUGUAUGGAUCAUUUUGCCCUGUGUAUCUUCUAAGUUCAUUCUUGACAAAAAGUUUUAUAGCAAAUCCGGGAAAGAACAGGCAUGCUCUUCUAAAAAUACUGCUGUAUUCUAUCUGUGGAAAAACCUGGAGAAUAUGUAUAUACUCCUUGGCCAAAUGGUUAACAGGAAAACACAAUUAUGUGGAAGUAAUUUGAAUGAUGUAAGCUAGAAAAAAGGGGAGAGAAACAAAUGGGCAUACUGUCUGAGAUGGCUAUAUUACAUAUAAGAAAAGUCAAACACAAGUAAAGAUAAACUCUACUACCAGAGAGAGUAAUUGCAACAAUAAAGACAGAAGUAAUUUCUCAAGUAAUUUCAAUUCCAUCACAUGAUCACUUUAUAAAGCCAAAGCAUGGCAAGGAGAUACAUUACUUCCUCCUCUUGAUCUUUUGCAUUUUUCUGUCUUUAUCAUCCAAUUUCACAUCAACCAACAGUAAACUACAAAUGGGAAAGCAAGAGUCUGUGUCACCUGUGAAUGACCUAUUGUCCGUACCACAAAACCAUCUUGCAUAAUUUAUGUUAGGUGUAACAUUCCCAUUCUUCCCCUAUGCAUGUAAUGAUCAUUCUUUCUUUCAUACCUUCAUCUUGGCUCUUUCUAAUAUUUCUCUUACGAUCCUUCUUGUAAAUAGAACCUGAAUUAAAAGGGUGUAUUGUUCAGCCUAAGAACUGUAACUUUUGGUCUCAGAAUAAGAUUAUCUACUUAGCACACUUCGAAAACAUGCUUAUUUUAAAGGAUUUUUAAAUAUAAAAAUAAAACAAUCUUUCAUGAGCAAUCAUAUAACUUCCAGGAGUUCAAGCUACCCUUAUCUCACAUUUUGUGAGAUCCUCUGACUAUUUCAUCAUUCUCACAGGGCUAUCUAGACCUGGAUUGUCUCUCUAUUCUUGCCCUCUUCACAGUGCUGAAAUUGUCUCCAUUCAUUACCUCCUAACACCUGGUUUUCAUUUACUUUCACUUAGAAGGAGUGCAGCAGGUUGAGACAAAUGUCCUAACUGGUUAAGAGAAAUGUCUUCCCUAUCCUUUUUUUCCCAGAUGGUGCCAGAACAAUUGUCACAACCAGUCAAAUAACUGACUCAUCUUCCAGAUCACAGAAUGCCGUCUCAGAACAACAAGAUCCUCACUUCUGUUUACUUUUCUUUUGCCUCUAUUGUUAUUAUACCUUCCAAAAGUGCUUUCAUUCAGCAGAAAAAUACAAGUGCCCAUAACAACAGCCUUCUUUGGAAUUUCUGCACUUUCCUUACACAGCCAAUUUAUAAGAAUAUUGAGUUUGUGGUCAAAAAGAUCUGUCUUUAGAUUUCACUCAGGCCCUAUUUUUUUAUCUUGCAGCAGCCCAGCAUAUUUUUUUUUCUCUAUCAUAUAAAAUGAGUUGUAAUAAACAGCUCCCAUUGUGAUUUCUGGUUUUAGCACAUUUAAGGAAGUAGCACAGGUACCACACUGUUAACCACAGCAAGUCCUGUGGUUGAUAAUGGCAGUGCUAACAAAGAUGAAUCACCAGUGGUGAAACCAGGUCAAAAAACCACACACACACA